UAUUUGGGUCCCAAAGAAUAUUGCCAACAAAGUCUACACUUUGCAAAGAUGCUUAUGCUUAUGUGAUAUGGACUCCAUUAUCCAAAAUAAUUGCCAUAUUACAAAGAUCUUCGGCUGUAGUUUCUCCUCUCUUUUUUGUGAUAACGCGGCAUUGAUCAACAUACUGGGAUAAAUGUGAGCAGUAUCUUCCAGCGGCUUUUGCAAAAUCAAAUGGCUUGGCGAAUAAAUGUCGUCAGAUGAUUCUCAGAGAUGAGAAACAGAGAUUAUGGCCAGUGCAGGUAGGACCAGUGGGACAUCAGUUUUCAAUUACCAGGGGAUGGCGACAGUUCAGAGAAGCAAAUAAUGUCCAAGUAGGAGAUACUUAUAAAUUUGAACUCAUCGAUAAUGGCACAAUACCUGUGGCGCAUUUCCACUGUAAAUAUCUGGGAAGGAUGUCAAGCAUCAGAGUAGUCAUUGACAAUGUAAAGAAGCAGUUGGUGAUUGGCAAGGAAAACGAGCAUCGAAGAAUAUAAUGUUCUUUGAUCUAGUAUAUAUAUUUAGUUAAUAUAUCAACACAAAAUUCUGCAGACGUUUUUGUUAUAGUCAAAUGCAUUGUACAGUUCCAGCACCAUCUGUGAUGGUUAUGACGAUCUACGAGAGGAAUUGAGAAAAAACUUACUUUUGUG